AUGGCCGCCCAAGGCUCGACCCAAGAGGACAACCACAUGCGGCGACGUAGCGCCGGGUAUCUCCCCAUCGAAAACUAUGGCUUGAUCGGUAACAUGAGAACAUGUGCCUUGGUGGGCAUGGAUGGGAGUGUCGAUUUCAUGUGCUGGCCCGAGUUCGACUCGCCCUCGGUCUUCUGCCGUCUGCUCGACAAAGACAAGGGCGGCUAUUUCAGCAUCCACCCAGCGGCUAACAUUAGCUGCACCACCAAGCAGCAGUACCUUCCCUCGUCCAACAUCUUGCAAACCCGGUACAUCCACGAGGAUGGCGUGGUUGAUGUCGUCGACUUCUUCCCUCGGCCCAAGAAUGCCAAGGUCAUCUCCAAGGGACCCAAGCAGGGGGCCUACCGUGAGAUGACGAGCGUCCAGGAGGAGCUCAAGCAGUGGCUAGUCCGUCGUGUUGAGUGUAUCCGUGGUAGACUUCAACUGGAUGUGGAAAUCUUUCCGGCUUUCGACUACGCUGCUGAACCGCACACUACCACUAUCCUCCAGGAAAAGGGCUCUCCGCACAGUUCGCAGAGCAAGACAGCCACCUUCCACAGCAAAAACACAAAGCUCCAGCUCGACGUCAGCCUCGACCGGAGCGAGGAUACCGACCAGAACUGGCCCAACGUCUGCUUCAAGAAGGCCUCGAAACCGGGCAUGCUCGGCGAAGGGGUGGUGGCCAGCAUCGACAUCUGCGAGGGCCAGGCGGUGUCAUUCGUCAUCCGGAACGACGUGGAGAACCACAUCACGGAAAACAUCACCAGCGAGGUUCUGGACACGCAACAGCACGACACCCAGACGUACUGGUACAACUGGAUCUCCAAGAGCAAGUACAAGGGCCGCUGGCGCGAGGUGGUCGCCCGAAGUCUCAUGAUCCUCAAGCUCAUGACAUACGAGCCCACGGGCGCCAUCAUUGCGGCCCCGACGUUCUCCAUCCCCGAAGACAUUGGGGGCGUCCGCAACUGGGAUUACCGCUUUUCCUGGGUGCGCGACUCCAGCUUCACCAUCUACAUCCUGCUGCGGAUGGGCUUCACCGAGGAAGCAGACGCAUACAUGGAGUUCAUCAGCGAGCGGUUCCAAAAGUCGCGCGUGGCCGACGGCGGCUUACCCAUCAUGUUCACGAUCCGGGGCGAGACGGACAUCCCGGAGCGAGAGCUGACACACCUGGACGGGUACCGGGGCAGCAAGCCCGUGCGGAUCGGCAACGGCGCGGCGUUCCAUCAGCAGUUCGACAUCUACGGCGAGCUCAUGGACGGCAUCUACCUGUACAACAAGUACGGCAAGCCGAUCCACUGGGACCUGUGGUGCACGGUGCGUGAGAUGCUCGACUACGUGCUCACCAUCAUGCACGACCCGGACAUGUCCAUCUGGGAGGUGCGCAACAACAAGCAGAACUUCACUUACUCCAAGAUCAUGCUGUGGGUGGCCUUUGACCGCGGCCUGCGGCUGUCUGAGAAGCGAAACUUCCCCUGUCCCAACCGUGCCAAGUGGCUUGCGGCCCGCGAUGGGCUGUACGAGGAGAUCAUGGAGAAGGCCUACAACAAGGAGAUGAAGUGCUUCGUGCAGAGCUAUGAGAGCCAGACCAUGCUCGACUCGUCCAUCCUCAUUGCGCCUUUGGUCUUCUUCAUCGCCCCCAACGAUCCGCGGUUUCUCAACACCCUCGACCGUAUCAUGCUGCCCCCUGACAAGGGCGGACUGACCAGCACCGGGUUGGUCUACCGGUAUGACACCGAGCUGUCCGAAGAUGGCGUCGGUGGCCGCGAAGGCGCCUUCAGCAUGUGCACCUUCUGGCUCGUCGAAGCGAUGACACGCGCGUCGGUGUACGAGCCCAAGUACCUAGUCCGGGCCAUCAACCUGUUCGAGAACAUGCUCAGCUUCUCCAAUCACCUGAUGAUGUUCUCCGAGGAGAUCUCGAGCAGUGGCGAGCAGCUGGGCAACACGCCGCAGGCGUUCAGCCAUCUGGCGCUGAUUAGUGCGGCGUUUAACUUGGAUCGGGUGUCGGAGUUUGGGAGACAGAGGUAG